UGUUGCCUGGCAGCAAGAGUCGCAAACAACAACAACAUAGUGUGUGAAUUCGCGUAGUUUUAAAGCGAUUAAAACAAUUGUAUAGUCACUUUAGACCUAAUGAUACAAAUGUGCGGUCAUUAUUUUAUAACUUUUUUUUUUUACCUAUUUACAAAUUAAUUUAAUGCUGUAAACCAUUUACAAAAUUACGUUUUUCAUUUCUUAUAUUUUUAUUGAGCGCACGUUUGAAUGAUUUUGUAAGUGUCAGUGAAGGUGGUGGACAGAAAGGCAGGAGCUGCAUUAAAUAAAGGCGAUGGAGAGGUUUCCAGAGGUUGAUGUCAGUGAAACUGGACUCCUCCAGACUGGAAACAACUGGGAAACAGAACAAGAUGGCUGAGUGUGGACUGGAAAACUGUUUUUCUCCCCUCUCACAAAAGCUGGCAAAAGUGGCCCAGAGUUAUUUUUGAGGAAAAACAUGCAAGUAUAACUUAAACUAUUCUUAAUUUUCAAAGCGUCUCUUCUUCCUGACAAAUAACGUUACCUUUCUGUGGACUUUGUUGUGGUAUGCAUUUUUCACUCGGAUUUUCUCGCAUUUUUCUAUUGCAUAACGUCGUAAAAGUGGAUUUCGAGUUUUUUUAAACUGAAACAAUAACUAUUCGAUAUCUUUGACUUGGUGGAAAUCGAAUUCGAGACUUUCUGAAUCUUGUUGUGGCAUCAUUUUGCACUAGCUUCCGGCUAAAGAGCGACUGAAAUGAAGAUGUUUGAUCAUAUCCAGUUACUGUAAAUGACACGAUGAGCUCCAGUCGCGUCCUUCCUCAAGCACCGCAGGCCCAGGCGGCAUCUGCCCCUGCUGCCCCCGCAUCCUCUCCGCCUUAUGAAGGCAUCGAAAUGGAAAAAAUGCAUCAUGAAGAAGUGGGCCUUGGAGUGCCCGAUGAGAGCACCUCUCCACCCACCUCCAGCUCCCGACGGGCAUGGAGCCGGGAUAACCCAGGAUUCGAACCGGAGGAAGGGAUGAUGGAAGCGGACUGGCCCCCGGCGAGCCCCGGCCGGCGGUCUGUAUCCAAGGCGUCCAGCAGCGGCAGCGGACCCGGGAGCUUCUCUGGCGUCAGUGCGCAGAUCAACAGAGGACUGUAUCCAACACCACCAGCACAAGAACACCGCAGCUGUGGGAAGAGGAUUCUGGAGAAAAUGAGAGUGCUGUGGGACACUCGUCUUUUGGGUGAGAGCAACAGUAACAGAGAGAUGUACCUGAAAACCGUCCUUCGAGAAAUGAUUACCUACAUCCUCUUUCUGGUCACCCUCUGCAUAUUAACCUAUGGAAUGGUGAGCUCCAACAUGUACUACUACACCAAAGUCAUGUCCCAACUCUUCCUGGAUACACCACUGGCAAGCGGAGAACCCACGACCUUCAAGACCCUUUCAACCAUGGAGGACUUCUGGAGAUUCACAGAAGGCCCCUUUCUUGAUGGCAUGUACUGGGAGUUGUGGUACAACGGCAAGAGCCUGCCAGAAAACCAGAGUUUGAUCUACUACGAGAACCUCCUGUUGGGUGUCCCACGUCUCCGGCAACUCAAAGUACACAAUGAGUCCUGUUCUGUCCAUGAGGACUUGCGGGAUGAAGUUUACGACUGCUACAGUGUCUAUUCUCCUUCCAAUGAGGAUAAGUCACCGUUCGGACCGAAAAAUGGCACAGCGUGGAGAUACUCAGAGGAGAGCAGUCUGGGUGAGAGCAGCUACUGGGGUCAGGUGUCGACUUAUGGUGGUGGAGGUUACUACCAGGACCUGUCACGCACUCGAGAGAAGUCAGCCAGUCAACUGCAGGAGUUAAAAAACAACCUCUGGUUGGAUCGGGGCACUAGAGCAGUGUUCCUGGACUUCUCCAUCUACAAUGGCAAUGUUAACCUGUUUUGUAUUGUCAGGUUGCUGGUGGAGUUUCCAGCCACAGGGGGCGCUAUGACCUCCUGGCAGUUCCAGACGGUGCGUCUCAUCCGAUAUGUGUCUAGCUGGGACUACUUUGUGGGGAUGUGUGAGGUGGCCUUCUGCCUCUUUGUGCUGUAUUACCUGGUGGAAGAAGUUCUAGAGAUCCGCCUGCAUCGUUUGCGUUACUUCAAGAGCCUGUGGAACUGCUUGGAUGUUCUCAUUGUUGCACUCAGCGUUCCAGCCAUCAUUAUGAACAUCUGCAGAACUUCAGCGGUCAGUCACAGACUUCACUUCCUGCUGGAGAACCACAACACAUACCCCAACUUUGAGCCGCUUGCUCGCCUUCAGGUUCACUUCAACAACCUGGCUGCCAUCAUUGUCUUCCUCUCAUGGGUGAAGCUUUUUAAGUUUAUUAAUUUCAAUAAGACCAUGAAUCAGCUGUCCACCACCAUGUCACGCUGUGCCAAGGACCUGAUGGGCUUCUCUAUCAUGUUUUUCAUCGUGUUCCUGGCCUACGCUCAGCUGGCGUAUUUAGUGUUUGGAACUCAAGUUAACGACUUCAGCACCUUUCAGGCCUGCAUUUUCACACAGUUCCGGAUCAUUCUUGGAGAUUUUGACUUCUCAGAAAUCGAGGAGGCCGACAGCGUGCUGGGGCCGAUUUACUUCACCACCUUUGUGUUCUUCAUCUUCAUGAUUUUACUGAAUGUGUUCUUGGCCAUCAUCAAUGAUACUUACUCUGAGGUGAAAGCUGACAUGGCCCAGCAGAGGUCAGAGAUGGAAUUCACAGACCUCAUCAAGAAGGGCUAUAACUGGGCGAUGGUCAAACUCAAGCUGAGGAAGACCUCCAUCAAUGACAUCCCAGACAGUUUACACCAGGCUGCAGGCAAACUCAGCUUUGAUGAGCUCCGACAAGACCUCAGAGGAAAGGGCCAUUCGGAUGCUGAGAUUGAAGCCAUUUUUGCCAAGUAUGACCUUGAUGGAGAUCAGGAACUGACUGAACACGAGCACCAGCAAAUGAGAGAUGACUUGGAGAAAGAGAGAGAGGACUUGGAUCUGGAGCACAGUUCGCUGCCCAGGCCAGUGAGUGGGCGGAGCUUCUCUCGUAGCCAGGAUGACUCGGAGGAGGAUGACGAUGAGGACAGUGGACACAGCUCUCAUCGCCGUGGCAGCAGCUCAGGAGGCGUGUCAUACGAGGAGUUCCAAGGGCUCGUGCGUCGAGUGGACCGCAUGGAGCACUCCAUCGGCAGCAUCGUUUCAAAGAUUGAUGCCGUUAUCAUGAAGUUAGAGGUCAUGGAGAGAGCCAAGAUGAAGAGGAGGGAUGUGCUUGGACGGAUCCUGAAUGGAGUCAUGGAGGAUGAGAGGUUGGGCCGGGAUCCAGAGCUGCAACGAGAGCAAAUGGACCGGCUGGUGAGAGAAGAACUGGAGCGUUGGGAGUCUGAUGACACCAUGGCACAGGUGAGCCACCGUCAGGCCACUCCCAUCAUCCCAUCUGCUCAGCUCCACCCACGCAGUGCCCGCUCAUCCUCCUCGCUGUCCAAUGAGGGCCCGGAUGGUACGGCCAGUGGGGCUGCCCAUGUGUGAAGGGUUUUGAUUGCAAAAACAUCCCUACAGAUCAUGAAGUCCACAAUUUGCUCUCCAGUGCCACGUUUGGUGCAGUGCACUGGGCAAAACAUACUUAAACGUCUUAAAGAACCACCUCAAAGCCACAGCAGUAGAGUUAAAUAGUCCUGCAAAAAAGCUAUUCAUUUGGAUUUCUUUAUAUUAAAGUUAAAUGGGGCUUUAUAAUGCAAAAAUUAAGAUAAAUGGUUUUUAUGCGACCAGGAAGUUCUAAAACAGUUUCACUAUUAAUGAAAAUACAUUUUUGAGGAUAUAAAGGGAAUUCAAUUUUAAGGUCAGUCAGUGGCCGCUUAGCUUUGGUUUGCUUGUAUUAACUAGGUACAAUUAAAUGCAUUUUCAAAUUGAGGUACAUUUAGCUUUUUUCCAGCAAUCUUAGCUAUGAUCACUUCUAUUCAGUAUAUUAUUUCUCAUUCACUGCAUGCAAUGGUCCAUUUUCAUUAAAUUACUAAUAACAUCUAACCAAAAAAUUCAAGUAAAUUCUAUGUGAACCUGAUGGUCACUAAAAUCAACUCGCCAGCAGCUGGUUAGAAGAAGCCAAUGCAAAAAUGGCUAAGAACAUGUGUUUAUCACGUUUGUUCAUAUGUUUAUAUUUUAUAUCCGAUUUUUUGUACUGUAUCUUGCUAUAAUUGAAUGCACUGCUUACGGUUUGGUUGAAAUCCAGUAUACUUAGACCCCAAUAUGACCCACAGUAUUAAAGUCAUCAGUAUUGAAGAAACCAGUUGGAAAGCUUACACUAAUUAAUGUAAUGAAGGAAAUAAUAUUCAACAAGGAUCAGUAUCUUUAUAAAUAUACGUGUGUGUGUAUAUAUAUAUAUAUAUAUAUAUAUAUAUAUAUAUAUAUAUAUAUAUAUAUAUAUAUAUACAUAUAUAUAUAUAUAUAUAUAUAUAUAUAUAUAUAUAUGAUGGAACAGAAGAAAUGUAUGAAAACAGCUAUUCAAAAAACAGAAGUAUAAAGCAUCUUUGAUAUGAAAAGUAAACAAUUAAAAUUCUCAAACAAUGAAGGUGCUCACACAAUGCUUUGUUAAUGAGCUUUUGUGAGAUUUUCACUCCGUUUAUAGUUUGCUUUGCAUAUUUUGCAGUUCACAUCUCAUUUUAAGUGUGGCAUGUUUUGUUAAACAUAUAUACUUACAUUUCCUUUUUAUAUAAUUAUGAUUCCUAAAUCAUUUUGAUACUUUUUUUAUUUUUAAACAAACUUCAAUUUGGAGUGCAUCUGAUUUCAUGGGAAACCCAUGUGUAUUUGUCUCAAGGUAGGAUUUGCAAAGCUUUUCAUAAUUCCCUAAAUGUAAAGUGUAGAAUUUCUGCACAACUAGCAUCAACAAACUGCUGAAAUAAUGGUUUGCAAAGAAUUUGUAGAAAUAUACGGUCAAACAGGUUAUGUUAUGUUGUUAUGUUAUGUUGGGUCGCUCAAACAAAUCAGUGUUUGGUGCUGCUAGAGAAGUAGAAAUUACACACUUUUUCCUGAAAACUUAAUAAAAAUGUUAAAAACUGUCUUUUUCAUUUGUGCAAUUACCUUUGUAACUUUGUAUGGUACUCUGUAAUUGGCAGAAUGUUAUUUACAGUUUAAUAUAACAAUCAAAAUAAAAAAUAACAUCUACUCAAA